AUGUUGGACUGGCCUUCGAGGCAUUGGCCUGCGUCUGCGCUGCAGACAGUGAUGGUUUGGGCGCCCAGGACCGCUAGAGAAGGAAAAGAAAAGGCACUGAGCACGAUAUCGAGAACGGGAGGAAAAGAGGCUUAUCAUAUCAGAUGUGGGGGUUCAGGAGACGUGAGGGGUUCGUUGAGAUUGUCGUCGUCGCAGAGCACGAAGCUCUGUGCUGGGGGGGAGGAAGGUGGCGGCGAGAAUCAGAGGUCCACACGGGACAAUGGAGCGUCCGGCGCCUCGCCUAAUGGGGCACUUGAUUAUGUAAGCCACGCUCCAUAUUUGGAAGAACAAGCUGUGGUGGCUACAACUCUAGACAAGGUCUCUCUCGUCUCCCCCAACUGUUCCAAGUGCCACUCGAAGAACGAUGGGCUAGCUAGC